AAGGUGGAUGUAUCAAAUCUGUGGACAAAUGGAUGAAGUCGUGGUCUGAUUACAAGCAAGAGGUAAAGAAGAAAUAUCUGAAAAGAGUUAAGCAUGCCAAUGGCACCGGAGGAGGUCCCCCUCUGAAAGAACUGACAGAGUUGGAGGAAAGAGUCUUAGCACUAAUUGGAACAGAUGCAUACAUGGGCCUCACUAUAAAGGAGCACAGGCCUUCCCCAGUCAAUGAAUCUAUUGAAGUAAUUUUGCCUGGGUCUCCAGCAGAUUCAUUUGUAGAAUUAAACUUCAGUCUGGAUGAAGUUGAGUCAGUGGCUGAGCCAAGCUACAGCCAGUAUUCAGCCAGAGACACCCGUGGAGUCCCCAACACCUGUUGGAGCGGCGGGGACCUCUUCAGCACACGAACAAGUUUCGGCAAAGAGGCAGGUUUUGAAAAGGAAGAGAAACCGAGGUCUCGUAAUCCCACCUGAAAAAGCUGAGCGUCUAAUAGAAGCUCAAUUGAGCAACAAUGAAGCUAUUAGGACUAUAUCGGAACAUUUGAAAGAGGCCAAUCGGCUCGCAGAAGAAAGAAACGGCAUUGAGCUGAGGAAGGCAAUAGCUUUCGAAAAUAUAUGCAAAGUGUUGGGCAAUAAAAGUUUUAUCUAAUCUU